CGAUAGAGCAGCUCAGAGCGUCUCGGCGGCCGCUGCAGCAUCACGUCGAGGAUCCGCAUCGGCUCUGAGCGCGUUGGCAACAAUGAAUCCGUGCCGUCCAGUCCCCUGCGUGGCCGCCCUGCUGGUCUUCUUGCUGCUAGCCGGGAGCGCUUCGCACAGCCAGGGUAUGUUAACCUCAGGUGCAUCGACGGGGCGGUCCAUUAGCAUCCUUUCUGCGCCGAUUUGCAUUUCAGGGGGGUGGGCGAUUGCAUGCAGCGGGGCAGGUCCCGGGUUUUCCUGGAAGCUCUGCUAGGGUCCAAAAUCCAUCCAUUUGGGCAGCCGUCGGGGGCCAGGAAACUCCGCAAGCUCCCGGAGGCACCGUCGGAGCCUCCGUUGCAAAUUUAUGGCCGCAUUCAGGGGAGGGGAACGAAACCAAAAAAAGCCAGCUAGAUGGUUGGUAGAGAGGCAGACUUCGCUGAAAGGUCCUAAACAUGAUUUUAAGAUCUGCGACGGGUGGGACGCAUCUUCUGAAACGCGAGGUGAUGGGAGAUAGCAGAUGCCAUGCUUUUUGGCUUGAAAAUUUUGUAAACCCAGCUCCCAGUCCCCGCGUCCCCACUGUCUGUGGAUUUGCUGUGUUUUGUGAGGCAGAUGAACUCUGCUCAUGCUCAGAGGCGCUCUUCACCUCUGGGCUGUUCACAAUAAAGUUGCUUUUUUGCUGGAUAAAUGGGGGGCAGAGGGUUGAAGUUGUACCACUAAGGUGUGUCGUUUUAGGGGGUGAAACUUAGCUUUUGCAGGUUUUUUGGGGGGGGUAUUAAAAAUAUGCUUUCAGCUGUGAGGGAUUCAAAUCUGCUUUUUUGUGAUUGGAUAAUAUUUAGCUUGGUAGGACUCUGUUUGAUGAUGAACUGCUUUCAGAAACCCAAAGAAUUUGUUAUUUUACCUUCAGAAAAUGUCAGGUCAUCAGCAGCAUCGCUGCAAAUAAUUGGCUAUCAUUUGUUUAUUAUUCCUAUGCAAUUUUACAUGCCUUUUUACUUGACGAGCAAAACUAAAUUAUAUAGAUUUCACCAAAAUGUCUUUUGCAUUCCCAAGUCAUGCUACAGCUUUUUAGAACCCUUGUGUGUUUUUUAAUUUGGAGAAGUUGAAAAAUUUGACAGCCACUGUCUCUGCUCCUGACUUCUGCGUAUUUAGUAGCUAGUUAAGGCAAGUUGAUUGGAUAGGCAUGAAAGCUGGGAUUUAGGCUAUUUUCACACCAUUAUGAACACGUUGAGGUUGGGAGCAGAAGCCUCCCACCCAACCCCACUACCCAUCCCCAGCAAAUGUUUGAAGAGGGCUUUGCUAGACUUCUGCUCCAAGGCUGAUUAUGUAAUGACCAGGUUCCAGAGACCUUCGGUCUUCAUUUGUUGAAAAUAACCAUGCAGGGAACUUAGUUGUGCUAAAGCCCAAAGCUCUAAGACAGGGGUCAGCAACCUUUUUCAGCCAUGGGCCGGUCCACUGUCCCUCAGACCAUGUGGUGGGCCAGACUAUAUUUUGAAGAAGAAAAAAAAUGAACGAAUUCCUAUGCCCCACAAAUAACCCAGAGAUGCAUUUUAAAUAAAAGCACACAUUCUACUCAUGUAAAAACACCAGGCAGGCCCCACAAAUAACCCAGAGGUGCAUUUUAAAGAAAAGGACACAUUCUACUCAUGUAGAAACACGCUGAUUCCGGGACCGUCCGUGGGCCGGAUUGAGAAGGAGAUUGGGCUGCAUCCGGCCCCCGGGCCUUAGGUUGCCUACCCCUGCUCUACGACUAGCCAUCUGAAAUUCUAAUACAUGAUCUAGUCGCAGACGACUCUGGGUUGCAUCUCAUCGUCCAAUAGCUGGCUGAGAAUUUUAAAGCGUCAUGUGAUUGGCAUGGCUGCCGCUACUGUUGAACGGGAUGCAGCGUGGAACUGUGGGUUAAACCACUAGAGCCGGUAGGACAGUGACCGAUCAGAAGGUCAGGUGGAUUUGAAUCGCCGACCUCUGAUCGGCAGGCUGAAGGCUCCCAUUGCUCGGUCCACUGCUCCUGCCAACCCUAGCAGUUCGACAGCACUAUCCAAAGUGCAAGUAGAUAAAUAGGUACCGCUCCGGCUGGAAGGUAAAGCGUUUCCGUGUGCUGCUCUGGUUCGCCAGAAGCGGCUUAGUCAUGCUGGCCACAUGAGGGAGCUGUACGCUGGCUCCCUCGGUCAGUAAAGCAAGAUGAGCGCUGCAACCCCAGAGUCGGUCACAACUGGACCUAACGGUCAGGGGUCCCUUUACCUUAGAGCAGGGGUAGGCAACCUAAGGCCCGGGGGCUGACUGCGGCCCAAUCUCCUUCUCAAUCCGGCCCAUGGACGGUCCAGGAAUCAGCGUGUUUCUACAUGAGUAGAAUGUGCCCUUUUCUUUAAAAUGCAUCUCUGGGUUAUUUGUGGGGCCUGCCUGGUGUUUUUACAUGAGUAAAAUGUGUGCUUUUAUUUAAAAUGCAUCUCUGGGUUAUUUGUGGGACAUAGGAAUUCGUUGAUUUCCCCCCAAAAUAAUAAAGCCCGGCCCCCCACAAGGUCUGAGGGACAGUGGACCGGCCCCCUGCUGAAAAAGUUUGCUGACCCCUGUGUUGGAGGGAGGUUGGGUCAAGCGUUUGGUGUGGUUGCGCUAGGUAUGUUUUCCUGGGCGGAAGCCAGGAAAAGAUACCUUUUGUGAUUUGCUUCUCAGUAAAUACGCCUAAGGUUGCAUAGUCAAAUUUCUGCGCUCUCCUUCCACAGCUGCUCCUAUGACUGGGGAGCUACGGUGCCAAUGCAUCCAAACGGUCUCCCGUGCGAUUCCACGCAAGCAAAUUGCUUCCGUCAUUCUCCUCCCCGAGGGACCUCACUGCGUCGUUCCUGAAGUCAUGUAAGUGUCCCGGCCUGGGCUCAUGACCUCCCUUGCGACUCUGUGCUGUGCAAAAAGCCCCUUCGCUCACCAGCUCAAUUCUCUGCCUUCUCUCCCCUCCUUUGAACAGAGCCACCCUGAACAAUGGGAGGAAAGUCUGCCUGGACCCCCAAGCGCCGUGGGUCAAGCUGAUUGUUAACAAGAUUAUGGCAAAGGUAACUACAGAAAGCGCUGGGAAGGAGCCGCGCGCAGGAUGCGGCGUUUACAAUAUCAUUUGGGAUCCAUGGUGGAAAUCUCAGGGCUCGUCUCAGGGUUUCCUUUUUGGGCUACAUUUCUAGGUGCAGGUCAGCGUUUUAAGCUGUGUGUCUGAGAACCUUCCCCCCCCCCCCCCUUUUAUUGCUGAAAACAAUUAUGUGAGAAACCCAAAUUAAUGGCACCAGUCCAUUUUAUUUAUAAAAUGGAUUUCUGUACUCCCAUAUUAUAAAAGCUAUCAAGGUGAAAUAAUAAUAAUAAUUAAUAAUAAUAAUAUUUAUUUAUUUAUACCCCGCCCUUCCCGGUUCAGAAAACUGGGCUCAGGGCGGCUAACAACAAAUUAAAAACACUUAAUUGAUACAACAAAAGACAGCAUAAAAACGUGAAUAACGAUAAAUUCAGAAUUCAAAAAUCAAUUGAGAGGGGAAAUCCAUCCAAUAAACAUUAGAUGAUCACCAGGGCUAGCUGGUUAAAUUAGUCCUAUUUGGGCCAGCAAGGAGACCAGGGGAGAAUUAGCUGUGGGAUCCCAGAGCAGGUAAUCUUUAUAAAAAGCGGAGGGGGGAGGGAAGGAAGGGGAAUAAAAGAUUAGGCUAAGUUCAAAUUGAAAGCCAGGCGGAAUAGCUCUGUCUUACAGGCCCUGCAGAAGGAAGUUAAAUCCUGCUGGGCCCUGGUCUCGUGGGACAGAGCAUUCCACCAGGUCGGAGCCAUAACUGAGAAGGCCCUGGCCCUGGUGGAGGAUAAUUUGACUUAGGGCCCAGGACCUCUAUGCUAUGAUUAUUCAUGGACCUUAAGGUCCUCUGCGGGGCAAACCAGGAGAGGCGGUCCCGUAAAUACAGCCUCAUUUGAAAUUAAAUAAGUUAAAUUAAAUAAAUUAAAUAAGAAAUUAAAUUAAAUCAUUCAGGCAGCUGACAAUAUGUAGCUCAUGAUGACAUAUACCUAUUGGGUCUCAGCUUGAAGUGCUUUCAGAAGGUCAGGUGAGGCAACCAGCUUUGCAGUUUCUCACCUUCUCAUUUGCAUAAAUAUAUCUCUUCCUUUUUCUGGUUUCAGCCCUAACAUGACAAGCUGCGAAAAAUGCUCUGGGCAUGUCGUACGGAGCGGUUGUGGAAAGCCUCUGGUUAGAGAAGCUGGAUGUUGAGCACCUUAAGAACUGAACCACUUUACAACUAUCCACUCGUAUUUAUUAUCGAAACGGAUCGGAAUGUAUUUAUUGCUACCUGUAGCUAUAGCCGGCCGCCUGAUGGAUUCAGCACGCUAGAUGCCACUGUUAUGUAUUCUGCGAAGCCAACUGAAUGUACACUGAACACUGUUUCUGCAAUGGGGGGUGGGUAGAAAUAUUCUCUAUUAAGUACAGUGGUACCUCGGGUUACAUACGCUUCAGGUUACAGACACUUCAGGUUACGGACUCCACUAACCCAGAAAUAGUACCUCUGGUUAAGAACUUUACUUCAGGAUGAGAACAGAAAUCGUGCUGCGACAGUGGGAGGCCCCAUUAGCUAAAAUGGUACCUCAGGUUAAGAACAGUUUCAGGUUAAGAACGGACCUCCAGAACAAAUUAAGUUCUUAACCUGAGGUACCACUGUAUAUCGAUAAAAUGCCAAAGAGUGCCAUUCAGCUAAUAGUAUUCUGGGCAGUCCCCGCUGAAAUGAAUGGGAGCGGCACAAGAGACCUGGCACAUUUUUUAUUACACAUAUAUUCAUAGAAUUGUGGAGUUGGAAGGGACCCUGUGGGUCAUCUAGUCCAACCCGCUGGAAUUCAGGAAUCUUGCCCACAGCUGUCCCUGGGUGGGCUUGAACCACUAACCUUCUGGUUUAUAGCCAGACACACUUGCCCAUUGCUGUGAAGGUACAACUCACUGAUAUUAUUGCUGAAAACCUGGCUAUGAACCUAUGGAAUGAAUUUUGCUUCAUGAACUUUGCUUAAUGAGUAUAUUUAAAUAAGGAAUUUUAUUAUUUAAAAAAAACCUUGUAAAGAACAGUGAUGUUCUAUAUACACUUGGAUAUUUCAUGUCUUCAAUGUAUGGCAUACUGCCAUGUUUUUUUAGGGAAUGAGCAUUUUAUCAUUGUGUCUCUGGAUUAUAAAUUCCUUUUCUUAUCUGUUUAACUGUGGAAUGCCACGCAUUCUGUAUAAAAAUAAAUAAAAUGUUUUUUUCUAAUUAU